AUAUAACUUUAAUAUAUAGUCUAAAAUUAUUUCGAAAUGAACAAAUUAAAAUCAUCUCAGAAGGAUAAAGUGAAAAAAUUUAUGACAUUCACUCAAGCAUCUGAAAGUGUUGCAAUUUUCUGUUUAGCUAAAAAUGACUGGAAAUUAGAACAAGCGUCAGAUAACUUUUUUCAAAAUCCACAUGAAUAUGAAACUGUAAAAAUCAACACCCAAUUAGGUUUUAUAGUUGAUAAAAGAAAACUAGAGGCUAUGUACACUAAAUAUCGUGAUCCAGCUGAACCAAACAAAAUUAAUGUUGAAGGUGUUAUGCGUUUACUAGAUGAACUCAAAUUACCUCCAGACUCAAUAUUAGUGCUCAUAAUUGCUUGGAAAUGUCAAGCAGCAGCUCAAUGUGAAUUCACUAAACAAGAAUUUUUAAGUGGAAUGAGUAAAAUGGGGUCUGAUUCAAUAGAGAAAUUAAAAAUUAGAUUACCAAUUUUAGAGAGAGAACUUUCAGAUCCAUCAAAAUUUAAAGAUUUUUAUUAUUUUACAUUCAAUUAUGCUAAGAACAUAGGUCAAAAAGGUCUAGACCUUGAUAUGGCUAUUACUUAUUGGAACAUUAUUUUUGUGGGCCGAUUCAGGUUCCUUGAUUUAUGGUGCCAGUUUCUUAGAGAACACCACAAUAAAUCAAUUCCUAGAGAUACGUGGAAUCUUUUAUUAGAAUUUUCUUGUGUCAUUGAUGAAGAAAUGACAGAUUAUGACCAAGAAGGAGCAUGGCCAGUUCUAAUUGAUGAAUUUGUAGAAUGGGCUAGGCCUAUAGUCUGCCGAAAUAAAUCUACCCAUAUUAUAAGUGAAACCCGAUUAUUGUAAAAAUUAUGGAACAUUAUCAUAUACAUAUGUUUAUAAAUUAUAAUAUUGAAAAUGUUAAUUCUCUGUUUUAAUUUUGUUUGAGGGAGAAUAAUGUAUGACUGCUCUACAAAAAUAUGUACCAUGGGAAUAUUUUUAAAAUAUGUUAUUUAAUUUUUAUAGCCUAAAUUAUAUUAACAUUGUAUUCUUUAUUUCUUAUAAAAUUUGGAAUUUAAUAAUUAUUGUGUUAUUAAAGCUUUAAUGAAUGAAGUAUUUAGGUCUCAUUGUUUGUUAAUAUAGAUUUUAACAUAGAUUGUUUGUAUAAAUUA